GUUGAGGCUGUUACGCUAUUCUUCGAGCACAAGUAUUGGUUGGCACUUCAGAGACUUUCGAAGUAACUGAGCUGUCCUCAAACUGUCUUUGAGACACCGGUGUAUUAGAAAGACCUUCCGGACAAAAUGUCGCAUCAGCCACCGUUCCAGGCCAGAGCGCAAGCUUACGCCAUGCUGCGUGGCAUGGCAUUCAACGCGCAAGCGCACGAACUUCCUCCUCCUCCUCCUCCUGGAUUUUAUCCACCAGGCAGAGCGUUUGGCUUUAGCGAGCCGCACCACGCUCCGAACCUGGCCGUGCCCAUAGUUUCCGGUGAACUCACGGAUGAGGAUCCCACUGUUGGUGCGCGAGCUCCGGGAGCUUCUGAGACUGGGACCCUAAGUGGCGCUCAGCCAGAGGACGAAGAUGUGCCUACUGGAGAUCCUGGUAGCAUCUUGGAAGCGAAGCAUCUGGACGAGGUGGUAGACGCGCUCACGGGGUCGGUAACCAUCAGGCCUACCCCAGUCGUUGCAGGCCGGACGUCUGACACACGCGGAAAAUACGACGUCUAUGCAUUUACCAUUGUACGCCGCUUCACGCCCGCCGGAAACCCCAGAAAGUUGGGAAAGACGACCUCUUACAAUGUUAUAAGAGUACUCGAUAUUCGGAGUUCCGAGCUGCGCGAUGUUGGUGCCCAGAUAUUGGGCAGGGUCCAAGGGGUCUCUUGGACUGCGACGCCGUUACGUGUCAAUCCUCAAGUUCUGCUUGGUUGGCUCCCAGAACUUGAGGAACAUCUUACGACGCUCUCGGCAGAUGACGAUUCUCCAACACGAACCCGGCAUCAGCACCUUUCCUUCCUCAUUAACUGGCUCAAAACCGAGUAUAGCGCCACCUUGGACAGUCUCAGCUCACUGAUUACACAUGCCGAAAUCACGUUCGACUUGUUGUGGGCCCUCUAUAUUCCGCGCAAGACCAUUCUGCACAUCUCCUGCCCCACGACCGGCGAGCCGCGUGCAGUCCGGCUGGUGCACGCAGAGAAGUGCCAGAGACCGGAGGUGGUUGGCUCUGGCUCUGUCGCAUUCGACCUCUCGGGCCUCUCCGUUGGCCUCGACGGUGGCGGCGAAGGGGACAACUCCAAGUUUCUGUUCCGACUCGCUAUGGAGUAUGUCGAAGUAGACGUCAGCUCAAAGGGUUCGCAGUACGGUUACGCGGGCCUUGGGACUGUCAUCGACAUUCCUGGCUUCUCUGGCGCGAAGAAAAUCUCGUCUCUGGGCGUAUAUCCGGUGCAGUACUACGAGGGCCCUGGUGGUCCCGAGGGGCUGAGGGAGAGGCUAGUGCAGAGGGCUAAAAAGUGGUUGAGCUUGGCGGGUGGCGUGCAUCACCUUGCAUACAAGGGUAUUGCCUUCAUUUGGCGUCCUACAGGUGGCGGAAAAUGGGUGUCCAUGAAACAAAACGUGGACUCGAGAAUUAUGAUUGAUCGACAAACCUUCGCGGAGAAUAUGCCUAACUACGAGAAAAUGACGCCCGUGAUGAGAACUCUCGCGGGUCGAGACAUCGACAGGCAUGCUUUGCGUGCAGACAUCGCUUCCAGCCAGGACCAGCUGGGGAACGCUGAGGACUUGACGGACGAAGAGCUCAUAUUAGCCCCACCAAACGUGCAUGGAUUUAGUCUGUCAGACAAAGAUUGGCUUGAGUUUUCGGUGGACCUGGUACAGUCGUUCACGUGGAACACAGAACCCUACGAGAACUUGGUUAUCCCACCCGACCACAAGGCGGUGUUAACCACCAUCGUGGAGGCCCACAGCUCGGUCACUGCCGCCAAGGUUGAUGACUUCGUCAAAGGGAAAGGUCUGGGGCUCGUGGUAAACCUGUAUGGGAAUCCUGGAACAGGCAAGAGCUUGACCGCGGAAGCUAUGAGUGAACACCUCAAGAAGCCAUUGUAUGUCGUCGGAGCGGCCGACCUCGGAACUGCAGCAGUGCAGGUCGACCAAGCGCUCUCGAGGAUUCUCAAGAUCUCUGCUACGUGGGGCGCUGUCGUCCUCAUCGACGAGGCAGAUGUUUUCUUGGAGGAGCGUGCCCUACAUCACAUCGAGCGGAACGCCAUGGUCGCGGUGUUCCUGCGGCAUCUCGAAUACUUCCGCGGCGUUCUCUUUAUGACGACGAACCGUGUGCGCGUCUUUGAUGAGGCCUUCCAAUCGCGCAUCCACAUCUCGUUGCGGUACCAUGACCUCACCGCCGAGUCGCGGCGCACAAUUUGGGUCGCCUUCCUCCGCAAGGUACAUGGCCCAGAUGUGCCUGACGGUGGCCUCACGCGCGAAGAGCUUCGCGAGCUCGGCGAGAAGAAGAUCAACGGCCGCCAGAUCAAGAACGUAGUGAAGACUGCUACCGCCCUUGCCACUGGCCGCCAGGAGACCCUGGGAUAUCGUCACCUGGUGCAAGUACUCGAUAUGAUGGACCAAUUCGACGCGAGCCAUUCCAUGUACAACUAGGAUGGGCUGGUGGAGGAGGGGCUGCUGUACCAUUAGAGGAUCUUGGAAGUGCUCUAAAUAUCUUGUGUAA